AUGACAAUCCUCGGCAUUGGCGUCGAUAUCAUCCAUACUCCCAGGAUAUCGGCCUUAUUGAAGAAGAGGUAUGCAGGAAGAUUCGUCAAGAAGAUCCUAUCUCCUGCAGAAUAUUCCGGGAGGCAUCUGCCAAUACGAUACAGGUGGUCCGUGAAAGAAGCAGCGUACAAGGCUUUGUACCCAACCGUCAGACCCACGUGGAAGGAAUUGACAUACACUAGCCUCAAUAGCGGCAUCAAACCUUCGCUAUCCUACCAGCCACUGGAUGGGCUCUCCGGUUCCCUCGUCGGCCCCAUUCACGUAUCGUUCUACGAGUAA